AUGACUGAUUAGGCACAAGCACCACCAGAUGUGGACAUCUUUCAACAGACAAUGGAAAAGAAUUCUCAUCGUGCAUCAAUCUUUGAAAUAAUUCUGGAGAGUACCCUAUUUUAAGUAAUAAUCAACAUUCUGACUCUGUAUGCUCUUUUUGGAGAUGAUGUAAGAGUUGCUGCUUUUCGGUUAAGCGCAGACAUAGUUUUUGAUGCAUUGAACAUUACAUGUUUGAUAAUGUUUUCUACAGAAAUCAUACUGUCAGUAAUAGUUAAAGAGGGAUACUUUCUGUCCUUCUUCUUCUGGCUUGAUACAAUUUCAACAAUUUCUUUAUUGCUUGAUAUUAGUCUUUUCAAUUAGGCUGUUGGAUUGAGUGGAGCUGGAGGUUAAGCUAAAAACACAGCAGGCCUGGCAAGAGCAGGAAGAGCAUCUAGAGUGGGAACUAAGGCGGGUAGAGUAGUUAGGUUGGUGAGGUUGAUAAGGUUGGUUAAAGUUUAUAAAUCUGCUAACAAGGAUGACGAAGAUAAAGUUUAAAAAUUGCUUUCACAAAGAAGAUAGAAAAGAAAGACUAAUGCAGUGGAACCACAAUUAUAAGAUAGAGUUGAAUAACAAAAUCCUGGAUAAGGUGAGGAACUAGAAACUAAAGAAUCGAAGGUUUCAAAAAUGCUAUCAGAUUCAACUACUAAGAAGGUCAUUAUAGUGGUCUUGGCUUUAUUGUUUUUAAUUCCCUUGUUUUCUGUGGAUUACUUUGUGUCUCCUCCAACAAGUAUGUUGAUGUAAUCUUAAUAAUUUGUAAAACUUGCUGAAUCAGAAGCCUCAACAUAUGAAGAUGUUAAAAAUGCAUACUCAUAAAUUAUCAUUGAUCAUAGUGGAAUCGAUAAUUACAUUGUGUUGUUCACUAGUCCCCUUUACAAUUAUGAGGAUUUCCCCAUUUAUUAGAAUGAUGACUAUCCAAAUUUAAGAACUGACGAGUAGGAUGUCGGUGCAUACACCUUAGAUUAUGACACUCUCAUCAAAACUACUAAUCUACCUGAUGCUGCCAUUGCGUCUUUCGACAAGGACAACCCUGAUGUUGUGGGUAUCUUGAGUACAAGAUAAGCAGCUGUGAUGACAAGUAUCUUAUCAAUUAUCAGAACUAUCUUUGUGAGCAUAGUCUUGACUUUUGGAGCUAUGAUGUUUUCAAAGGAUUCUAAUGAUUUGGCAUUGAGACCCUUGGAAAGAAUGAUUGAAAAAAUUAAUAAAAUAGCCAAUGAUCCUUAAAUUGUUACAGAAAUGGCUGUGAUACAGAAUGAAAACUCAAAUGAAACAGUUAAGAUUGAAAAUACAAUUGUUAAAAUUGGAACAUUGCUUGCCUUAGGAUUUGGUGAUGCUGGUACUGAAAUUAUUAGAAUAAAUAUGAAAAAGUAAGGAGAUGUCGAUCCCAUGUUGCCUGGAAUAAAAAAAGUAGCUAUCUAUGGAUUUUGUGAUAUCAGAAAUUUCACUGAUGCAACCGAAGUACUUUAAGAGGAUGUCAUGGUGUUUGUGAAUAAUAUUGGAGACAUUGUACACACCAUGGUCGAUAGAUACAUGGGAGCAGCAAACAAGAAUAUUGGCGAUGCAUUUUUAUUGGUGUGGAAAACUAGACCAGAAACAUAUUCUUUUGAAGAUGACAAUGUAAUUUGGCAUGACAAAUAAUAUAUUUCAACCUUGUCUGAUUGUGCCUUGAUCUCGUUUAUGAAGAUUCAAUGCAAAAUAAACAGAGAACCCAAGAUCCUCGCUUACAGACAAGAUAAAAGACUUUAAGCGAGAAUGGACAAUUACAAGGUCAAGAUAGGGUUUGGACUCCACAUGGGAUGGGGAAUCGAAGGAGCCAUUGGAUCCAACUAUAAAAUUGAUGCUUCUUACUUGAGUCCCAAUGUGAAUAUGGCAUCAAGACUAGAAGCAGCUACUAAACAAUAUGGUGUGCCCAUUUUGAUUUCUGAAUCACUUUAUGAGCAUUUCUCACCUGAAUUCCAAGAAUAUAUCAGACACAUUGACAGAGUUUGUGUCAAGGGUUCCAACAUCCCAGUUAGUCUUUAUACUAUUGAUAUGAAUGUGGACAAUUUACCUCCUAGUAAUGAUCCAUCAGCCAAAUACAAAGAUUUCACUAAAGAAGAGUUGAAAAUGCUUUUGAGAUAAAAGAAAUUGGAAAUUAAAGAACAGGUUGAAAGUGGAGAAUUUAAAGCUAUAGAACAUCUUUAAGAUAACAAAGAUAUGAGAUUUUUAUUGACUGGAUUUAAGAAAGAUUUUAUGGAAGUAUUUGGCAAAGCCUUUUAAGCCUAUUUGGACGGAGAUUGGAAGACUGCUCGUGCCAUGUUCCAAGAGGCUCUUAAACUAAAGCCAAAUGAUGGUCCAACAGAAGCAGUUUUACAUAGUAUGGAGGAAACCAAUUAUCAGAAACCUAGCGAUUGGAAAGGAUAUAGAGAAUUAACAGAGAAAUGAUUAAUUAUAAAUAAUGAAUAAAUUUACACUGAAGUUU